GGGUAGGCCACGCCUCUAUAAAGUUUUACUUGGUGUCCUUGCAGCAUUCUGCUAGUUAGCAACAAGAAAACAAGAUGUCUAGAGAGCAGCUGGCUGUGGAGCGAGCUCGGGCGUCCUUCCAGAGUGGGACCACAAAACCUUUGGCAUUUCGGAUCCAGCAGUUGAACCGUCUCCAGUGCUUCAUCUCAGAGAGACGGAGCGACAUUGAAGAUGCGCUGAAAAGGGACCUCAAUAGGACUGCCAAUGGAACAGUUCUAUAUGAGACACUGUUGCUGGAGGGGGAGAUCCAGCUGGCUAUUGACAAAAUGGCCGAAUGGACAGCUCCUCGGCCCGUGGAAAAGAACCUUCUCACAAUGGCAGAUGAUGUCUUUGUCCAACCUGAACCUCUGGGGGUGGUUCUUAUCAUUGGUGCAUGGAACUACCCGUGGGCUCUUACUUUGCAGCCUCUAGUGGGCGCUAUAGCUGCAGGUAAUGCAGCAGUGAUCAAGCCCUCUGAGAUCAGCUUCCACUCUGCCCAGGUCUUGGAACAGCUGCUCCCUCUCUAUUUGCACAAAGAUCUCUACCCAGUAGUGACUGGCGGUGCGUCCGAGACUCAGGAGCUGCUCAAGCUUAAAUUUGACCACAUCUUCUACACUGGAAGUAGCACGGUGGGAAGAGUGGUGAUGGAGGCAGCAGCUCAGCACCUCACCCCAGUGACCCUUGAGCUGGGAGGGAAGAGCCCCUGCUACAUUGACAAGAACUGUGACAUCAGAAUUGCCUGUCGUCGAAUUACUUGGGGCAAGUUCUCCAACUGCGGUCAGACAUGCAUUGCGCCAGACUACGUUCUGUGUGAGCCCUCCAUCCAGGAACAAGUGGUGGAGGAGCUUAAGAAGAGCAUCAAGGAGUUCUACACCGAUGACCCGAAGAGCUUUGAAGACUACGGUCGCAUCAUCAACGUGCGCCACCAUCAACGUUUGAUGUCGAUGAUGGAGGGGAGCACUGUAGCCUAUGGAGGAGACAGUGAUGAAUCGCAGUGCUACAUUGCUCCCACAGUCUUGAAGGACGUGACUGGUGAAUCAAAAGUGAUGAAGCAGGAGAUUUUCGGGCCUCUGCUGCCCGUCAUCACUGUGAGCGACGCGGACCAGGCCCUGGAUUUUAUCAAUGAGAGAGGGAAACCGUUGGUCAUUUAUGUGUUCUCCAACAACAACAAGCUGAUCAAAAGGUUCCUUGCUGAGACUUCUAGUGGAGCACUACUGGCGAAUGACUGUCUGGUACACUACAGUGUCACUGCUCUGCCUUUUGGAGGUGUAGGUUCCAGUGGGAUGGGUACCUAUCAUGGCCGCCACACCUUUGACCAGCUUAGCCACAUGCGCAGCUGUCUGAUCAGGAAAUUGAACAUGGAAGUGGCCAACAACUUGCGGUACCCCCCUCACACUGAUAAGAAGCUGAGCUGGGCUCGGCUGUUGCUGUUGAAGAAGUUCAACUUAGGUCAGCUGGGACGUAUGGUGCUACUUGCUAUAACUGCUGGAGUUGCCGCAUACGUGGUCAAGUUGCUGAAAGAGAGGUAUUAGUGAAGAGACAUGAGGUCAAAGGGCGUCGCUGUAUUCCAGCAGGUAAUGUUGAUGCCAUCAUAUAUUCACAUUAUACAGAUCAAGAGCAGCCAACAUUAGGAUGCAGUAUAUAUCAUAUUAUAGUGGAAGUGGAUGUUAUAAUCAAUCUCAUAUUUUAAGUUUUAAAAAAGACUGUUACUGCUCCACAUUAUAACAGAGUGGAUUCCUCGAGUCAUACUGCAGUCUUCAUUGCAAAUUUAUAAUUUGUGCUUUUGGUUGUCACUGUUUCAAUGUGUGAAUGAAUGACAAAGUCCUUUUGAAUAAAUAAUUAAUUGUAUUUAUCAUCAUCUAAAUUGAAUUGUCAAUUGAUAAUUACCUGCUUGUUACUUUAGUUAUUACAGAGAGUUAUAAUGAUUUAUGUGAGCCACACAAUACCUUCAUAUGCGAAGUGAUCAUUGUCAUCUCUAAUGUCCCAAUUUUUAAGGAGUUGUCUGUUUCAACCAUUUCAAGACUUUCAGUUUGGGAUUGGUGUGAAGCUUGAUUGUGUUGUGGUCUUUGGUCUGACACACUUCCUUAAAAUAAUUAUAACAAUAUUUUGGGAUACCAACAGCCCGUGGCCAUGAAUGACUCCAGUCUUCUCACUUGCCUGUCCAUCACUUCCAUGAACACUCCCCUCUAGUUUCUUAUAUUUUUGACUGUGAUAAUAUUGUCUAAGAUAAUAUUUUUGACGUAUUUCACUCACUUAUUUUAUUUUAUUGAUACCGGACGCCACAUAAAAUUCCUGUUACAGUUUUGCAUCACUGUUCAAUAAACAUGUCUCUGCUUCGGA